CACUUGGUAUCUAAUACCUCAGUUGCUGUGCCAGCUCCAAUGGCUUUUGACCAUUUUUGGCCGGCGAGACCUCUCCUUAAUCAGGAUUAUCAUAAUCAUUAGUAUUAUAAUAAACACCCUACUAACUUAUAGUAGCAUCUUAUUUUUCUUUAUUAAACAAAUAAAAAAAAAAAAGAAAAAAAAAAGAAAGGGAAGUUAGUGCUUCUCCAAGUCCAAAGCAAAGCCAUGGCUUUCUUUUGCUGUUCUUCUUAUUCUAUUUUGUCCUUGUUGCUUCUCCAAAAUUUCCAUAUGCCUUUUUGCAAUGACCAACUCACAAACCCACACUUCAGUAACGAAUCUCAAUCUGCGAUCUAACAGUACUAAUAAUGCUUUCUUUGCUUUCCAUAAUCCAUAGUACAAUAAUUCUAUCCUCUCUGCCCUGUCCUUUUCAUUCCCAUGAAGUCAAAGAGGGAAGAGCGGUGUACAAUUAAAUUCCUCAUUCUUGAAGAAAUUAACUCACGAGAUUUCCAUGCACGCCUCUUCAUUCUUUAAUCUGAUCAAAACUAUCUAUCUGUAUGUGCCUCUCUUAAUAUCUACUACUAUUCUUUUAUUUUCUUAUUUUUGCCAUUCCUCUUUGUUAUUCUCUCUGGGUUCUCAAAUUCUGUCUGGCUAAAGAAAAACAAAAAUGAGUCAACUCAGUGUGAUAUUGCAGGAAUCGGCACGGAGAGAAAGGGAGGUGAUAACGAUUAUUGGAUUGCUGAGACAGCAAAUGGAUACUGUAGAUGGGAGGAGAAGAACGACCAGGAUGGGUCUGAAGGAACGGUUAGGAUUAAGAGGCUUAGCCUGUUGUGGGGCCACGUGGGGUUUCAGACCUACCACCAUUAGCGUCAGAGACGAUGAGGAAGAGCCACGGGAGCAACAAACAGAGGUCGUAAAUACUGGUCCGACUCCCUCCCAAGAAAUAUCGGAUCCGGAUUGUCUUCCGAUCCCGGCAUCUUCAGGUAUGAAUUUGGCGGCAGCAUUGGCCGCUGAACGUCAAUUCCGGGAGGCAUCGAGCAUGAAUGGAUCAAACGGCAACGCGGAUAGCAUGACAGCGCCGGGAACGCCGUUGAGGGUAUCUUUGAUGAGGCUGUUAGAGGAAAGUGAGGUUGGGGAUGGAGAAAUCGGCGGGGGAGAGAAGGAGGGAGGAGGAGUGGGGAGCGAUACAGUGUGCUGCGUGUGCAUGGUAAGGAAAAAGGGCGCGGCGUUUAUCCCAUGUGGGCAUACAUAUUGCAGGGUGUGUUCGAGAGAGGUUUGGCUGAAUCGAGGGUCCUGCCCCCUUUGUAAUCGAUUAAUCCUCGAGAUUCUCGACAUUUUCUAGCAGUUUGAUCAUCACCAUCAAUUUGUUUGUUUGUUCGUUUAAUGAUGCCUCGAGAUCAUCAAUAGUUUGUCUUCGUUGCCUUAAUUUUUUCUUUUCCAUUGACUUUCAGCAUGGACUUGUUCUGUUACUAUUUUCGUUUGGCAUAUGAAAAAUAUUUGAAAAAGAAAAUUAUAGUA